UGCAAUGUUUUGCCAAUGCUCCAUCUAUAAAACCAAAAAGAAAAACAGAGAACACAAACACAUCUCUAAAGUCUAAACCAUGAAAUCUCCAACUAUUUCUUUGAUUCUUCUUUUCAUCUUUUCGUGCUCAUUGGCAGCCUCUGCAGCCGGCGACUUCCUACAAUGUCUGUCCGAGAAAUUCGACAACAACUCUUCGAUUUCCAACGUUGUUUACACCUCAAAAAAUUCAUCAUACGCCUCCGUCUUGGAAUAUUCCAUCUCCAACCUUAGAUUCGCUACAGAAUCUACACCAAAGCCGCUGGCAAUCAUAACCCCAGAACACGAAUCCCAAAUCCCGCCUAUCAUACACUGCGCUAAAGAAGCUUGCCUUGAAGUCAGGACUCGAAGCGGGGGUCAUGACUUCGAGGGACUUUCUUAUGUAUCACGAGUCCCGUUCGUGGUCAUUGAUUUGAUCAAUCUCAGUGAAAUUACAGUGGAUGUCGAGGAAAAAACUGCGUGGGUUGAAGCCGGUGCCACAAUCGGCUCUUUGUAUUACAGAAUCGCGGAGAAAAGUCCGGUUCUUGGAUUUCCGGCGGGUGGUUGUCUCACUAUUGGUGUCGGAGGCCACUUCGGUGGAGGAGGCUACGGCUUAAUGCAGAGGAAGUAUGGAUUGGCUGCCGAUCAUGUGAUCGAUGCAAGAAUAGUCGACGUUAAUGGCAGAAUUCUCGAUAGAGAAUCAAUGGGCGAAGAUCUGUUCUGGGCCAUCAGAGGAGGUGGAGCUGCUAGUUUUGGUGUGGUUGUUGUCUGGAAGGUACGACUAGUGGAUGUACCUGAAAAGGUCACGGUAUUUACCUUAAACAGAACUUUAGAACAAAAUGCAACUCAACUCAUCCACCGCUGGCAAUACAUCGCUCCCAACAUCGACGAAGAUUUGUUCAUUGGAAUCUUGGCAUAUCCGUCGAGCACCGGGCCAGGACAAACCAAUCCAACCAUCCACGCCUUCUUCUUCGCCCUCUUCCUCGGGGGCAUCGACAGAUUGCUCCCGCUGAUGCAGCAAAGUUUCCCGGAGCUCGGCCUAGUGCGAGAAAACUGCACCGAGACGAGCUGGAUCAAAUUCACCGUCGCCUUCGCAGGAAGCCCCAUCGAAACACCGUUGCAAAUCCUGCUCAACAGAACUCAGCCCCUAAAAGAGUUCUCCAAACAGAAAUCAAACUACGUGAAGGAACCAAUUCCUCAACAGGGCUUUGAAGAAUUAUGGGAACAAUUUUACAAAGCUGAAGAAGCUAUGAGGGGUUUAUUGGUCCUCGUCCCUUAUGGCGGGAAAAUGGCGGAGAUCUCCGAAUCCGCCAUUCCUUUUCCCCACAGAGGCGGGAAUCUUUACAUGAUCACUCAUCUCAUUAAUUGGGGAGAAGAGAAUGCGCGGGAUUCGGAGAGCUACCUGAGGUGGUCGAGGAGGAUUGAGGAUUACUUGACUCCUUACGUGUCGAGUAAUCCGAGGGAGGCGUAUCUCAACUACAGAGAUCUUGAUCUCGGAGUUAACAACGUUGUGGGGGAGACGAGCUACGAGCAAGCUAGUGUUUGGGGUAAGAGAUAUUUCAAGGACAAUUUUGAUCGCCUUGUUCGGGUGAAAACCAUGGUUGAUCCGGGGAAUUUCUUCCGAAACGAACAGAGCAUUCCACCGUUGCAUUACUAGUUGAAAGCAGGGGAUUGAGAAAUUAAAGAUUUAGGGAAU